UGGAGCACAGAGAAAUCGAGCAGGGAGGAAUGGACGCGGCGCGCCGGCCUCGCUUCCUGGCGGAGAUCGACCCGCACAGCGAGUGGGUGCGCGGGCGCGAGUUCGACGCGCUCAUCGUCGACGUCGCAGGGUUCAGCAAGGAGCAGCUGAAGGUGCUGGUGGAGCGGUCGGGGAGACUCAAGGUCAGCGGCGAGCGCGCUGUCGACGAGAGCGGCAGGCAGUGGUGCCACUUCCUCAAGAGCUUCGACCUCCCCGCCGGCUGCGACGCGGCCGCGGUCAGGGUCCAGCUCGACAAGGGCACGCUCUACGUCCAGGUGCCGCGCCCCGGAGCCACCGGCGGUGGGGGAAGCGAGCAGCACCCGGCGGAGAUGUACGACGACGCGUUGCGGGGAGAAGAGAUCGGCGACGGCGGCUGGACCGGCCGCGGGGCGGCGGCACGGCGAGACGAGCACCCGGUGGGGCGUCUCGCCAGGGGCCUGAGCAGGCACCGGCAGGUCGUACUGAACGUCGUACUCGCCGUCGUCCUCCUCUGGCUCGUCGCGUUCGCCAACAACACGCCCAGCGGCGGGCACGCCAAGAACGACUGAGCCACACAAACGCCUGCGCAUACACGGGUAUACAUGAGAGUACAGAACAAAAAGUCUAUCAAUAAAAUG